AUGUCUCUGCCUCCACAGCUGAUCCACGUUAAGAGAAAGCGGACCGAAGAGGGUCCUGUGCCCUCGUUUCUUCGAAUCGAACAGACAACGAAGCGCCACCGUCGUGAUGCCUUCCUGUACCGACGCCACGAUCCGGUAGAAGCGGCCGCCCGGGCUGCCAGAGCCGCAGCAGCCGAAUCCGAAUCCGGCACUGCUGCAGGACGACCACCUGUGAUUCAGACCAGCCCGAGUGCUGGAAAGAAGAGGAAGAAGGCGGACGAAGCCAGUAUUGCCAGUAUCAUUGCCCCCCAGAAAGAGGAGAACGAGGCGGGCGACGUUCCGGUGGCCACCCUAUCUGUAGAGCCGCGCCGGUUUCACCUGUCACGAGAGACGCUGCUAGGCUCCAAAGCUGGAGGAGGUUCAGCACCGCCUCUGGGCGUAUCUGGAAUUGCUGGGAUCCGCAAGAGUACGCGCUACAGGGGCAGAUCGUCAUCGACAGUGGAUUCGGUGGUGUUCAUCGAGCGAAGCAAGCGACGACACAGGAUAGGUGCUUCUCGUGGGAGCAUCAGCAGCAGGACAGAGAAUGUGGCAGGAAGUGGCCAGCCGGCCAGCGGCGGUAUGUCGCCAGCUGUGAUGGUGGAGGCGCCGUCUCCGGUCCGAGCGUCGACGUCUACAUCUUCUGCACCGUUUGUUUCGCGUCUCCCCAAGCGGCCCAGCUGGCGGGGGCCGCUCCGGUCUGCCAGCGAAGCGUCUGCCGGGGCGUCAACGUCUCCGGCUGGGGAGGUUGCUGACGAGGUUGCUCCCGGUUCCAGCGACAAGGCCCCAGCGCUGCCACAGACGGUCUCGAACCGGCAGUGGGACACGGACAUGGACCGGCUGACGCAGGAGAUGAACAACUACACGCUGGAGAUCAUCGGGCGCAACCUGGCACGGAUGGACCAGGAGGCCAAGACGGCAGAGACGCGACGGGAAGCAGCAAAGAAAAGGACGGAGACGUCGGAGAUGGUGGCGGUGAUCGCUGCGGAGAAGAGGAAGGCUGCGUACGCCAAGUACAAGCCCAAGCCGGUUCCGCGUUAUGCUGAGCGUCAGGCGCUUGCCCAGGACGGCGCCGACAAGGCAGAGGGCGAGGACGAGGACGGGACAGCCUCAAACAGCGACAACGGCAGCGAAACCGACGACGACGAUGACUACGUCACCGAGACAUAUGUGCGCGUUCCUGGCCACGAGGUGAAACAGACCGGCGACGCAGAGCCGGGCAGUGUCGGCCUGCUCGUCUUCGACAACGAGCCGGACAUUGAAGUCUUUUACGGGGCGGAAGAAGAGAGCUCGGACGAGUUUGACGACGACGAAGAUGAAAACGCCGAGAACUACUACACGCACGACUACCCCGAAGACGAGGUGGCGUCGGACGACGAAUUCGACCGGGAUGCGUACCACUACCUGACGGGCAAUGCCUCCGAUCUGGAGGAGUUUGAGGAAUCCGGCGACGAGGAGACGGACAAGGGCUUCAAAGGCAGCGUCGAGAAGCUCUUCCCAGGCGCUCGGUUCCCUGGUGUUGACGGCAUCUGA